AUGAUUUUCAAGUUAUUUUUGUGCCUGCUCGUUGUAGGGCUGGUGGCUGCUCAAGCCCCAAACCCAACAAUCAGGAUCCCCCAUGGAGUCAUCCAAGGAGCUUGGAAGGUAUCGACGAAAGGAAGAUCAUAUGCUAGCUUCGAAGGGAUACCAUAUGCGCGACCCCCGAUCGGAAAAUAUAGAUUCAGGGAACCACAACAGCUAAAGCCAUGGACAGGAGUGUGGGACGCCACAAAACCUCUGCCUGCUUGUCUACAAUACAACCCUUUCGAUAUGAAACUUGAUGGUAGCGAGAACUGUUUGUUUGUUAACGUUCACACUCCAAGGCUGCAGCCAGGCGCUAUGUUGCCGGUAAUGGUCUUUAUCCACGGAGGCGCCUUCAUGUACGGAGAAGGGAGCCUCUAUGAAGCCACUAACAUCAUGGACUGGGACAUGGUGGUCGUUACCUUCAACUACAGGCUUGGACCCCUUGGAUUCUUGAGUACGGGUGACGAUGUUAUCCCUGGUAACUACGGAUUGAAAGACCAGUCGUUCGCGCUUCACUGGAUCAAGAACAACAUCAUGAUGUUCGGUGGAAAUCCUGAUAGCAUCACACUCACGGGCGCCUCGGCAGGUGGCGCCAGUGUGCACUACCAUUACUUGUCGCCCAUGUCCAGAGGAACGUUCGCAAGAGGUAUGGUCUUCAGCGGGUCAGCCUUAGCUUCCUGGACACACUCCAUCAAACCGGCAGAGAAAACAAAGACCCUGGCUUCCAUCGUGGGCUGUCCUACAGGCUCCAGCAAAGAUAUCUUGGACUGCCUCAAGAAUCGGCCUGCGGAAGUAAUUGUCAACGCUCAAACAGAUAUGUUCGAGUGGAAAGUAAACUUGUUCACACCAUUCUCUCCGGUUGUGGAGGCGUGGGGAGUACGGGAGCCGUUCCUUCAAUAUUACCCAUACCAUGCCACCAAGAAUGGAAACAUGAUGAAUGUUCCUCUGAUCGCGGCAGUUACUUCUGAGGAGGGAUUGUACCCGGCUGCUAUAUAUCACAGAGAUCCAACUAUUCUACAAGACCUGGAAGCGAACUGGGAUGAGCUGGCUGCUAAUAUAUUUGAAUUCAAUGACACACUUCCCAUAAACCGUCGCGCUGAGGUCGCACAGGCUAUCAAGCAAUAUUAUCUUGGAGGCAAACCAGUCAGUCAAGAGACCUUCCCACAAUUAGUGCAGGCUCUCGGCGACCGGCUGUUUGUGGCUGAUGUUGGCAAAUUAGCGCAAAUACACGCAGCUAAGUCUGGCCAACCAACUUAUUUUUACAGAUACGCUUACCGAGGAACAUUUAGUCUGUCGGACAUAUUUAGCCAAAGCGAAAUUAACUAUGGUGUGAGUCACGGUGACGAUGUAAUAACUAUGUUCAAGUACCCAGAAGUCGAAGUCAAAAGCGCGGAACACGCUGCCAUGGCUGAUGCACUCAUAAACAUGGUCUACAGCUUCUCUACUACCGGUGUUCCAAAACUUACCAAAGGUGGCCCAGAAUGGCUCCCUGUAAGGCCAGGUGCACCCGAGCUCGACUACCUCGACAUUUUAUCUCCAAAUAAUUUAGAGAUGAAAUCAUCCUCUGACUUCGGUCAGAAAUCCUUCUGGGACAGUCAAGGCUUCAACGAGUAUGAAAACUAUCGUAAUUCCGUUAAGGAUGAAUUGUAA